AUGUCCAUUCUCCUUCACUCCCCUCCCCCCCCGCUUUCUUUUCCAGUCUACUAUCAAUGGGUACCGUUCGUCUUGGGUCUCCAGUGCAUACUCUUCUACGUGCCGCGGCUUGUUUGGCAAUUGAUAUGCCACCACAGCACCGGCUCCGACCUUGAGCAUAUUAUCAAGAAGGCUGUGGAGGCCGUUCACGCCAAGGAGAACGACCGGCCGGGUGUGAUGGAUGAAUUGGCCACCUGGGUGGAACAUCUGGUCUUCCAGGUUCGAAUCCCAUCUUUGCUUGCAGAUCGCGCUUUGGUGUGGUUAGUCACCACCACCACCACCAGUCUGAUGAGGGUACUAAUCAGCUGGGACGCCACCCAUGACGAAUUCAGAUACGCCUGACCAUCCAACUUUGUUUUCCAUACUAACCUCGAGAUGCUUAGGUGUUCAUUCACUCUGGGAAGUGCUGUCUGUCGAAAAAAACUUCCUUUCAACAAAGGUAGAGCAACUUUGAAAUGCUCUGAAGAAAUUUGACUGGGAUUGAUCAUUUUUAUCCUACGUUGCACGACCUUAAUGCUACAUUUCCCACAACAAGAAGGGCCAUAGUUUCAUCAGUUGUAAUCCUCUCUGUUCUUACGGGACUCACUUGUAGGAAUCUUUCUGGGUGCAGCUGUACCUUGUGCCAUGGGGGUCAGUAGUGGCAUAUUAUCCCGCCAUUCUCCUGUCCUUUUAAGCUCGUAUCCCACGAGAUCGUUCGCAAUCCGUUGUGCCAACGCAUGACGGGAAAACCUACCUUGCAGUUGCAUCUCAUUGCCUCGGGUGCAGAAAGAAGCAAUGAUCAACAACCCGGUUUCAUCACACUUCCGAUACUGGUAUCUUUUACUUGAUACGGCUGCGAUCAUGCCUGAUUUAGCCGGCCUCGAUGAUGUUACAAACUGUACCUCUCCACGUGUGACGUUCCGCGGCAGCAGAUCUGGACAGCUCAACCCAUUCCGUUCGCCAACGACGGAGACCGAAUACCGAAGGUCCAAGAACCACCUCCAUGUCUUGACGAACUGUGUCGAGCCAGGUUUUGAACUGACCCCCUCUUCGACGCUUCCAAUGGGGCAACGGUGCCGGAUCGAGGGCAGUAACACUGAGCUCCUGAAGUGAACGACGAAGAACAUGCCCGAACCACCCCAGUUGUCUUUCCUGGAUGGCCUGAGCUAUCCUUGCGAUCUUGUCGCAGCGAGCGCGGACUGUCUCAUUUGAGGCGGAGUUGGUGAAAUUCUCUCGAAGGAUGGUUUUCAAGCAGUGGGGGUCAAAUGCAUCCAGUUUUCGCUCGUCCUCCACGCGCAAAGCCCAGCAUUCACAACCGUAGAGAAGGACAGAUGCACGGUACACGCGAAUCUUAGUGGCGAUGGAUAGGUCACUUCGGAUCCAAAGGCAUUUCCGGAGGCUUGAGAAAACCCAGCGGGCAGCAUCAAUUCGGGAGACAAUGUCGUCCUUACUUUGUCCAUUAGGCAGCAGCCUCGCCCCGAGGAAUUUAAGACUGUCUACUUCUUCACAGCCAUAAAUCCCGAGGGGUGCCUUCACCUAGUCAGGGAUGCAGCUUGAAAACGCUUUGGUCUUCCCAGCGCUUAUGGAUAAACUGGCCGAUUUAGCGACCUCGUUCACCCGUGACACCAUAGACUGCAGAUCACUAAAACUUGAAGCAAGUAAGGCGAUAAUCUCGCAUAGUCGAGAUCAGCCAGCCGGUGUUCGGGUGUAAACUCAACACCAUCACCUUCGCUUAGGGCCCUCCCGAGGAUCCAGUCAAUAGCGUAGUUGAGCAGAAUGGACGACAGGAUACAACCCUGUCGAACGCCAGACCGAAUACUGAACGGUUGGGAAAGAAUGUUGCAGACCAGGACUCUCGCAGUAAUGGAACGAUAAUAGACUUUGAUCGUGGCGAUGAUUUUUGCCGGUACCUCACUUAACGCCAUUAUCCGCCACAGAGACUCACGGUGUAUACGAAACAGUGCUUACUGGGGAUUAUGCGUUUACUCCCCAGAUAGCGCCGCUGUAUCAUACUCUCGAAUCCACUUGUAAUGGCGUGGCAGCUUUGAACUUAAAUUUAUUGUUCUCAGCACUAGCCGUCUCUAAAAGAUCAGUUGUUUGACGUCUAGUGUUUUAUUCAGACAUGUUUGACAUUGUUUUUGGACGAUUAUAUCUUAGUAUAUAGAACUUUCUGUUUAAAAACCAAUACAGUAAAUAAACUUUGAGACAUGCCUAAAUGCACUUUCUGACCUCCAUGAAAUGCAGUGUUUCGAAACGAGGAUUUUUGCUGGGUUUCAUGAAUGGCGACUACCUGACUGGUCGUCCCUGGUUUCCCGCGUCCUCUGCAACCAGCCGUACUGUCAACGCCCCCGGCCGAAAAUACGACAUGUCGCUUAGUUCAUGUCUCAGGUCUCAUUGAUGCGUAAUCGCAUCAUUAGGCCGAAAUUCGAUUUGUGUGUCUGCUUUUUUCUCGUCGCAGGCGAAUAUAAGUCUACUGCGUAACCCUCUAGGCUAUCGACCGCAUACUCAUGUGCAUUCUGACUGCGAACGUUCGCCGAGAAGUGUUCAUAUUUUCUCCUGUGUAGGUGUUAGUUGCAGCUCUGCUGACCAAGAUCUGUGCAGCUUCCCAUUCCUGCUAUUACUUUUCUUGAAGGAGUUUGUGCAGCUAUUUGCAUACAUACAUGUAUAUAUAAUGCACAAUUCCACUGUAACCGGCUCCUUAACUUUACACUAACAGGAACAAAAGCGCGCCAUUAUGAAGACUGCCGCCUCCGCGGUCUUCUCCCAACGCAAAGAAUAUGAUAAGGCCUACGACUCAACCAGGAUGGGCUCCAGCCACCUACUGCGCCGCUUCUCCGUCCCACUUUUCUCACGGCCUCGAGGGAACUACAUCUUCUUCGCCUACCUCUCACUUAAACUACUCUAUCUGGCUAACGCCGUCGCUCAGAUGUUCCUUAUGCAGGCCUUUCUAGGCUUCGAGCCAACGACUUUACCCUUCGGUGUGCAGGUAUUGGAUAAUAUGUUUAAGGGUCAGGACUGGCAGGUGACCCUCACCUUCCCCAGAGUUGGUUUUUGUCUUGUCAAGAUGAAGCAGCUGGGUGUGACGACCAACGCUGUCACCGCACAGUGUGCCCUGCCCGUUAACAUGCUCAAUGAAAAGAUCUACAUAUUCCUCUGGUGGUGGAUCCUGUUGGCUGCCGUGCUCACCGUUUUCAGCCUUCUCUCCUGGCUGCUGCGUUUCUGCUGCACUUCUCGGGAAGCAAACUACGUCCUCAAGUACAUCAACCUCGCUGACGACUUGCCACCCUACGAUGAACGUGAUGCCAGCGACUUUGCGCUCCGUUUCCUGCGACGCGACGGUAUGUUUCUGAUGCGGAUGAUUCGCAUCAAUGCCGGUGACGUGGUCACCGCGGCAAUUGUCAAUCGUCUCUGGCAGCGCUAUCUGUCACGCACUCAACAGGGCCUCCGGGACCCGAUGACCAAUGUCGUACGUCCAAACCUGGCCUGGACAGCUGGUCUGGAACCGGGUGGUAAGACUGACGACAGUACUAUGCGGGUUGGGCAUGACGACUGGGACGACAAGCUUGGCAAGGAACGACUUUUUGUUGGAACUGAGCCCUCGGCACCGAUGGCUGGAGAAAAGACAAUUCCGCGCACUGUCGUAUAG